AUGAUGAAGCACCAUAUUGAUGUUGCAGUCUACUUGUCUGCCCAAGGACUCGCUUUCCGGGGGCAUUCUGAAGACAAAUUCUCUCCAAACAGGGGAAAUUUCAUUGAAUUGAUGGACUUGUUAGGGAACUACAGUCAAGAGUUGCGAGUUUUCCUAGACAAGGAACGGAUAAGUUACACCUCCCACGACCCACAAAACGAAUUGAUCAAAUGCAUUUUCCAAGAAGUCCAGAAUGAAAUUCGAAAUCGAGUAAGUGCUUCCAGAUGUUUAUCCGUAAUGAUGGAUGACACCAGUGACUUGAGCAACACGGAGCAGUCGGCUGUUUCAGUGAGACUUAUUCAUGAUGGGAAUGUCGAAGAACAUUUGCUUGGCCUCACAGAUGCAUCUGACGAUCAAUCUGCUGAUGGGCUUACAAAGAUCAUGAUAAAAAUAUUAGGGAGCUACAAUGUUACUCCUGAGACAGGAAAGAGAAAGCUGAUUGGACAAUCAUAUGAUGGUGCGGCGACAAUGAGUGGCGAGCUCAAUGGUGUGCAAAAGAGAAUGCGAGAUUACUUUCCACUUGCCUACUACAACCAUUGCGUUGCACACAGGAUGUCACUUUGUGCGUCGCAGUCAUCGAUGAAAAUCCCAGAAGUGGCUAAAUUCUUUGGAAUAUUAGACAAGCUGAUAACGUUUUUCCGAAGCAGUCCCAAGCGAACGCGAUACCUUGGAUAUAAUCUUCCAAAGCCUGGUGAUACAAGGUGGCUUUCUCGAGACACAGCCAUUACUGCAAUCGAUUCGUGCUACGAGACAAUCGGCACAGUCUUAUACCAGAUGUCUUCGAAUGGGAGAGAGAAAGUCGACACCCAAACGACAGCCAGAGGUCUUCUUGCCAACAUCCAAAAUGUUGACUUUCUAUGUUUACUGAAGUUGUACAGGAAGAUCUUUGAGCAUUGCACGCCAAUUAUCACCGUUAUGCAGAAGCCAACAUUGGAUGCUGUUCAGCUGAGAUCUAUGCUCGACGACUUCCAACGUUUUCUUGCUGCACUAAGCUUUGAAGACAUUUGGCAAAUUACACUCGAUGCGGACCCAAGUUUCCCCGUAGAACGAGCCAGAGCAGGAUGGAGAGGAAGGGAAACGCACAAUAAUGGAUCCGAAGAUGCUUGGAAAGAGAAGCUGUCGAUUGUGGCAUCAAAAGUAUGCAUCGAGUUUUCAGGGCAGAUUUCAUGGAGAUUCGAGAACCUCAAAAAAUUCAAGUGGAUGGAUCUGAUUCACCCCGCCAAGUUUGCAGAGAAUGUCAAAAGGCCUCCUAAUGAGAUAAAAGAGCUCAUCAGAGAAUUCGGAGAUUUGUACCCAUUUGCCGUUCAUGACAUAAAUUCGUUCAUGACACAAUUUGGAAGUUUUAUACAAUAA